AUGGAUAACAUUAAAUCGAAGUUAGCCAAGCCGAUCAAAGACUGGCGACGCAGAAAUUCAGUUGAUGUUGGCGAACAUGAAGGCUAUGAUAACACGCCGCUGCCGAGACUGACGUGGAAAGGAUUUUGGAUGGGCAUGUUGGUAUCGAUGGGUGGGUUUGUCUUUGGAUAUGAUACCGGUCAGAUCUCUGGGUUCCUUAGCAUGGUCGACUUCCUCAGACGCUUCGGACAGAGACAUGAUGAUGGCACGCCAUAUUUCUCCAAUGUUCGCUCUGGACUGAUCGUUGGUCUGCUGUCCAUCGGUACAUUGUUUGGCGCACUGAUUGCAGCGCCCAUCGCGGAUUGGAUCGGGAGGAAAAUGAGCAUCAUCUGGUGGUGUGUCAUCUUCUCUGUGGGCAUCAUUGUGCAGAUUGCUGCAACGGAUAAGUGGUACCAGAUUAUGAUGGGUCGGUUUGUUGCGGGUCUCGGCGUUGGUGCGCUUAGUUUACUCGUGCCAAUGUACCAGGCAGAAACUGCACCUCGCCACAUCCGUGGUGCUCUGAUUUCCACCUACCAACUCUUCAUCACAUUCGGUAUCUUCCUCGCCGCAGUUUUCAAUUACGCUGCCGAACGACACCAGUCGGGUAAAGCCGCAUCCUGGCAGAUCACCCUGGGUCUGUCCUUUGUACCCGCCGCUAUCCUCGCCGUUGGCAUGUUGGGCUUUUCCGAAACACCUCGAUACAACUACCGCCAUGGUAAGAUCGAUGAGGCUACUGCGACCAUGUCGCGGGUAUACGGCGUACCAGCCAACCAUCAUAGCAUUCAACUAGAACUUGAGGAGAUGAGAGUCAAGCUCGAAGCGGAAAGCAAGAUAACCAACGGACCGAUUCAGGAGUGGCUGGGUAUGUGGAUGGCGCCGAAGAUGGCGUAUAGGUUGGCGAUUGGCAUGGGGCUGCAGAUGUUCCAACAGUUGACGGGUGCCAACUACUUCUUCUACUACGGUACAGUUGUCUUCGCUGGUACCGGUAUCAAGAACUCGUUUGUAACGCAAAUGAUCUUGAACGGUAUCAAUUUCGGUGUAACCUUCUACGGCCUCUACAUUGUCGAGCACUACGGUCGUCGCAAGUCGCUCAUCGCCGGCUCAUGCUGGAUGUUCAUUUGUUUCCUGAUCUUCGCUUCCGUCGGCCACUUUGCUCUUGAUCGCGAUAACCCAGAGAACACCGAGAGCGCAGCCACAGCGAUGAUCUGCUUUGCCUGUUUCUUCAUCUUCGGUUUCGCGACAACGUGGGGUCCAAUGAUUUGGACCAUCUGCGGAGAAUUAUACCCCAGCCGCUACCGUGCGAAAGCAAUGGCGCUAUCGACGGCAUCGAACUGGCUGUGGAACUUCCUCCUCGCCUUCUUCACACCUUUCAUCACCGGCGCCAUCGAUUUCCGCUACGGCUAUGUCUUCGCCGGAACGAAUAUUCUCGGCGGUCUCAUUGUGUACUUCUUCGUCAUCGAAGGCCAGGGUCGCACGCUCGAGGAAAUCGAUACCAUGUACCUGAUGGGUGUCAAGCCGUGGGAGAGCGCGAAAUGGGUGGUUCCUAGCUUGGAGGAGCUGAGUGGUGAUGUGCGAACCAGACUCGAAGCGGCAAACCCGGAAUUGGCCCUCAAGAAAGAGACUGAGGGGGGUAUCGGUGGUGCGAGUGCAAGUGAGAGGCACGAGGAUGAUGAGGCGAUUCGUAGGAGCGUUAUGAGGGAUGGGAGUGAGGAAGGGUUGAGGGAGAAAACUGAGAUGGAGCCGUGA